GUAACUCAAGUUUGACUUUUUAAUCACUGUUCGCUGACAACAGGUCGUGCAUUACAAGAUAUAACAAGAGCAUAAAAAGCGGGCGUUUUUUUUAAAUAAAGUGAUUUACUCUAAACUUUUUAGACAGGUUAACCUGCUAAUAGAUAACAACGAACUAAUAGCAAAACUAGCCUAUUGUGCUAAAAACAUCAGCGUUUUUGUUAACUUUUUUUUUUAAAGUGUAAUUUCUCACAGACUGUUUUUAAAGCUUAUGUUACAGUAUAUAAUGUGAAAGACGUACUUUGUUGGCAACAGACUGAAGUCUAGAUGAAGUGGAAUCAACAGUUAGAGUGCUUCUUUUUAAAAUCUUCAUGUUUGUGAUAAAAUGGAUAUUUUGAUCAAUGAAAUCAUCAAUAAAAUGAACAAUAACAUCAGCGGGCUGCAGUGUAAUCCAUAUGGCGAAGAUAGUUCAGAAGCAUCUAGGGUUCCAGUGCUUGACUCAGAAUGUCCACCUGUGAGCCCAACCAAGAGAAAACACCAUGAAAACAAAGACUCUGACAAAGGACAAAUGAACAAAAUGAGAUGUUUAUUUGCAUCACAUCUGACAAAUCCAAAUGAAAGCUUUGCAAAUCAAGAGUCAUGGAAUUUCAGUUCAGUUGGACACAGUGGUCCGAGUCGUCUCCAUAGCCAUCAUGUAUUUGCACCUUUCCCCAUUUUUGCAGUUGAUCGACCCUUUGAGAUGAACCGACAAAGCUUAGAUCCUACUAGUAACAUGCUUCCUACACUCGGAACCAGCACAAAUCAGCAACAGAAUCGUCCAUCUGUAAUCACCUGUGCCCCUGCCAGCAACCGGCCUUGCAGCCUUUCCAGUUGCCACAUGUCCCCUGAUAGCUGCACAUCUGGAUCUGCCAACAAGACCAACGCAAACAAUGUAUGUGACCCGGUAAUUGAGGAGCAUUUCCAUCGCAGUCUGGGGGACAUCUAUAAGGAGGCCUUGCCUAUUUCGAACUCUGUGUCCACAACAGGCUCAGUUGAUGACCACUUCACUAAAGCACUGGGGGAUGCCUGGUUACAGAUCAAAGCCAAAGGCAAUAGUGGAACAUCACCAAAUCAUAUUGGUCAGUCUUAAAUAACUCAAGACAAACAUUAACUGGACCCACUUUAUAUUCAAUGGUCUUAACUAAUAUGUACUUACAUUGAAAUGAAUCAUUUGUUACGAUUUACUUAUUCUAAGCUUUUCACUCAUCAUAACACACGUGCUGCUGAUGAUAUGACAAUAAAAGUGAAUUGAUUUGUGUAAAUACAUUACCUUAACCCACCAUUAAACCUACCCAUAUCACCAAACCUCUCCCUAACACCUUAAGAGCACCAGAAGUGUUCUGCAAUACAUAAUAAACACAGUAAGUACAUUGUUUUCAUAGUAGUCAAGGGCACCUAAUAUAAAGUGGGACCAAUUAACUGGUUCACGUAAACCCACAACAGAGGUGUAGUUAAGACCAGAUCCUCCAAGACCUGACCCAGAAGGCUGCCUUUUGCUUUACUGAACAAGGAACAAGUUACCUCCCAUCUUUUCAGUUUUCAAGGCAAAAAUAGUUGGCUUCUUUAAAACCUAAUGCAUGUAUUAAAAAUACUGAUACCAGUGUUCGUACGGGUGCUGGAAAUCCGAGAAGAGUCUGGCACUCUCAGUAAUCACAGUGUCAUCACUUGCUCUAUUAAGUGCAUGUGUCUGAGCGUGCAUGUGCAAGUCUGCAGCCAGACACUGUUGGGGAAUCUUUCAAAAUGUAGAAUUUUAAUCUAGUGUUUUCAAGGUUUCAAAAGUGGUUAGAUUUUGUAUAAACAAGGGGUCUGUGGGGUCUUAAAAUAUUUUACAUUAAAAAAACUACAUUUUAGGCCUUAAAAUGUCUUAAAUUCAGUGAAAUAUGUUAUUGUAGGUCUUAAAUCAUUUUAAACAGGUCUUAAUUUGAUUUGUCCAUGUACAGCCACCUAAUCAGUACAACCCUAAAAAAAGCUUAACCAAAGCUGAAUUGAUUAACUCUUUUUACCAUUGUGUGUUUUGUUUUUUUUUAAUAUAUAUAUAUUAUUUUUAGGGGUUUUCCCUCCUUUAUUAUGAUAGGACAGUAGAGAUUUCAGACAGGAAAGCAUUGGAAGCAGAGAGAGGGGAAGAAUUGGCAAAGGACCUUGAGCCGGGAGUCGAACUCAGGUCGCUGUGAGCACGUUAGUGCUAUAUGUCAGCGAACAAUACCACUAGGCUAUUGGUGCCAACACCGUUGUGUUUUAACUAUAUUAUUUACAUCCGUACAAUAACAUUUGUUUAAAUAAAUUUCUCCAUGUAUUUAUAGCUUACCCAGUGAGAACACUGACCUGGACAGGCUUGUUUAUAAAUUUAGUUUGUUAUAAUUUUAAAGAAAAAGUUAUUCUGAAAUAAAAGUAUAUGUGAAGAACUAGA